CCAGCAACCGCAGCAUCAGCAUCAUCGUCGUCACUACUCCCUUAUCAAGUGUAAAGAUGUCUGGGUCUGAAAGAAUGCGCGAUUUGUCAUGCCGCUUUUCCAUGACCCAUGAGGUCUCAAAUGCCGCCGGAGCUAGCAUGACAGAUUCUGCAAGAACUUUCUAAUGCCUAUCCUGCAUGAGAAACUACCUCCCGACUUGGUCAAAAUUGGGCGACUUUUGGUAAUCAUGCAACACAGAUUUUUGCAUGCUGCAGUUGCAGAUUUAGCAUGACAAGUUGCAAUCUUCCAGACCCAGACAUUUUUACAUUUGAUAUCCCUCGACAGUACAGCCAGCACGGGGUUGCAACUGCUCAGCAGCUCCUAUGGGCCGCACCAGACGCCUCCCAACCCACACUACCACAACUACACUCCCAUGGCAAGAGACCGCUCCCACACGACACCUCGCUUUCACAUCCCCGCCGGCUCCCCGCAGGCCUCCGAGGAUGCCAGCACGCCGAGAGUCAUGCAAUUUCCGCCCAUCGACACGCCUAAAGGUUAUAGUUCUGAAGAUCAUCAGGGGCAGGUGGGAUCAGGUAGUUCUCCUGGUGGCGGGGAUGAACUACAUCAAGAACGAGAGGGCAAAAACGCGGGUACUAGGGCGACGUCAGCACCAUCGGCUGCCGUACAAAUCGCUCCCCGAACCCUGUUUUCCAUGUCGAACUCAGCUCAAGAUAGCAACGGGGGCUUGAACGGCAAGUCGCUGCCAAAUCUGGG